AACUGCGACACGGUGUCCAGCAGUGUAAUCACCCAAGGGAGCAGCAGUAGCUGUAAUCAGAUGUAAAUGACCUCCUUCUCCUCCUCCCCCCUCGUCCUGGCUCCACAUGCACAGAGCAACAGGUCUAAAUCCCAUCUGUGCACGUCUCUGCAAAGCUUAUGGUUGUUGAUGAAACUUUGACUCUGAAUCAUUUUGUUGUAUGCAUUUGUCUUGACUGGAGAAGAGAUGUUUCGGACAGCAGUAGAGCACGCCAAGAAGCACCCUGGACUCAUCCCCCAGUUCUUCUUUAUUUGUCUGGGAAUGGGAGGAGCAACUCUAUAUCUGAUCCGGCUGGCCAGAGGACCCCAUGUUACCUGGAACAAGACUCACAACCCAGAACCAUGGAAUAGACUUGACCCCACGUACCAGUACAAGUUUGUGGCCAUCGACACAGACUACAAAAACCUGAAGAAGGAAGGACCUGAUUUCUGAUUUUCCUUCAAAAACCAGAAUGGAAAAAUUACAGAAAACCCUGAUCUGGGGUCAUAAUCGCUCCUCCUGCCCUCGCUGUUGUCCACACUGCAGGUGAAAUGGAUCCCAGAUCAGGAUGUAUACAGAACCCUUUUAGUGUCUGUGUCUGUAUGAUGUCUUCAAAGCUGCUUCAUGUGACUGGUACUGUCAGGGAAUCAAUCCUAAAGGCAAACUGAAAAACACAGCAUCUCUACAUGCAUUUACACGCAACACAUAUGCUCACCUUAUGUCAAAUACUGAAGAGUAACCGCUAAGAUUUGACUCUGUGUUAAAGCAUUAGAUCAGUGGUUUGGCUUGUUUUCAUAUGAACUCAAAUCUGAAUGUAUUAUUUUGAAUGUUUAUUGGUUUUUAUUUACUUCUGUAGUCUAUGAUAAACAAUCACAGGAUUCCAAAUUCCAAAAUCUGACUCAGAUCUGUUUUUAAUGUUGCAGAGGAAUCAUUAGAGCUGCACGAAACAGCAAGAAGGAGAAAAAAAACAGAUCCGAAAACCCAAAAGUUUAUGAGCCUGUAUCCGCAAAUGGUUGAAUGUUAAAUAUAUCUAUGGUUUGUUGUUAACGAGCUAAAACUUCUGCUUGCUUUCAGUUUGUUUUGAAUAUCUGAAGGUUAAACAGACACCAACUUCUCACAUCGCAAUACAGGCCGGCUGCGUUGCAUUAUAUUAAAGGACAAACUAAUGCGACCGACUGCUUUUGUUUCUUCACAACUGUCACAUGAUUGUGGGUUUAGCAGCCACUAAACUCAGCAACGACUGUGUAAGUUCUGAAAAACGCAGAGAGGCAUGAAGCAGUCUGGAUUCUUUCAAUAAAUAAACUGAUUCUGUCUGAUUCA